UUACCAGCUACCAGCUAGUAGUAGUAUCUUUCUCAGUAGUAUCCUCUCCCCCAGUGUAAGCCAUGAAAAUCCACGCCGCCACUUUUAACAGCGGUAGCAGCAGCAGCAGCAUCAGCAGCAGCGGCAGCAGCAGCGGCAGCAGCAGCGGCAAGCAGCACGGCUGCAGCAGCGGCUGCAGCAGGGCAGCAGCGGCAGCAUCAGCAGCAGCGGCAGCAGCAGCAGCAGGGCGGCAGCAGCAGCAGCAGGGGCGGCGGCGGCGGAUAUUCCGUCGCUGUCCCCGCCAUGGCUAGCAGCAGUGGCGGCGGCGGUGACCAGGAGCUCGCCCCACCCGCCCCGCCCGCCUCCAUUCCCGGCUCCCGCCUCACUUCCCCUGUCGCUGUUCGCACAUUCUUGCGCCG